AUGGCGUUGCAGAGAUCGCUUCUCGCAGCCAUCACGCUUCUCGGAGCGUCUGCCCAGGCCGCUGGUGUCUCCGGCACGGCAUUUGGCUUUGCAACAGGCACCACUGGUGGUGGCAAUGCCGCAGCCGCAGCUCCCAGCGAUAUCACUCAGCUCACCGAGUGGCUGACUGACAGCACCCCCCGUACGAUCCUGAUCGACAAGGAGUUCAACUACCUCGGCAGCCAGGGAAAGUGCACCGAUUGCAAGUGUUGCAAGCCUUCUUCCAACACCUGUGGCAGCGCUGGCCAAAAUGCCAUUGAUCUGGACUCAUCAACCUGGUGUGGGAGCUAUCCCACGCUCACUUGCACCUACGACAAAGCGGCCAUCGAAGGUAUUGAUGUCGCUUCAAACAAGUCUAUUGUAGGUGUGGGCAGCGCAGGUAUCAUCCGUGGCAAGGGUCUCCGUCUUGCCAAUGGGGUGAGCAAUGUGAUUAUUCAGAACAUUCAUAUCACUGAGCUCAACCCGGAAUACAUCUGGGGUGGUGAUGCCAUCACUCUAGAUGGCACGGACCAGAUCUGGAUUGACCACGUCAAGAUCUCCCUGAUCGGUCGUCAGAUGUUCGUUUCUGGAUACGAGGCCAGUGAGCGUGUCACGAUCUCCAACAGCGAGUUCGACGGUCAGACCAGCUGGUCUGCUUCCUGCGAUGGCCACCACUACUGGACGGUACUUGGCUACGGCAAAAACGACAAGGUCACCUUCACGGGCAACUAUAUUCACCACACCUCCGGCCGUUCGCCCAAGCUCGAGUUCAAUAGCUACUGGCACGCCUACAACAACUACUGGUACAACAACACUGGUCAUGCCUUUGAUGUCGGUGAUGGAACCAAUGCUUUGAUUGAAGGCAACGUCUUCCACCAGGUCAACACCCCUUUCCUCACCGACAGCUCCCCCGGCAACACCUUCGCCGUCAGCUCCAGCGAUAAGUCGACCUGUGACUCCACGCUCGGCCGCACCUGCGCUGCCAAUACGCUUGUGGCAUCGGGCAGCCUCUCCGCCAGUGAUGAAUCCGUCUUGUCUAGCUGGCCGAGCGGCGAGUCUGGCAUUGACGUUCUGGAUGCCAACCGCGUCCGGUCUUCGGUCCUCAGCAAUGCCGGCGUCGGCAAGGUCAGUAGCUCCAGCUCUAAGAAGGCACGCCAACUCAAUGGUGCUCCUUCCGUCCCUGCCUUCUCUGCUGCCGGCCCCGGUGCCACCCCCAACGGCCCGCCGCCCAAGUGGAGCUGGAGGACUGUUGGCAUGAAGCCGACCCCUGCGCCGAGCGGGAGCGGUUUCCCGGCGCCACCACGGGAGAGCCACCACGGCCACGGCCACGGUCACGGCCACGGUGGUUUCCCCUUCGGGUUCGGGUUUUAG